AUGUCGGCUAAAAUCUGGUACCAGUUGGUGAAUGCGGCCACGGGCGGUCCGUUUGCACACACUAGAGCAAGUGCAGUUCGACGCAUCCGCGUGUUUGAUAUCCAGGAUUUUUGUGCGGAGGUCUACGCGAAGGACCUGAAGCGGUUCCAGAGUCUUAUUGAGAGUCAACUGCGCGUAUUCAAGAACCGCGACGCGUUCAACAAGCAGCAUGAGCCUCUGGAGCCCUCCGAUCUAGUGUCUGGUCUAGGUGAGGACAUCGAACAUGCGCUCAUCGUAGUUAUUCCGAGCUUAUAUCGCGGUUCGGAGAUCAUUUUCCCGUUCGAGACGCUCAAAAUGGUAGGAACCCAAUGUGAAGCUCGUCUACGGGUCCCUCUGUUCGGCGACACUCGAGUGCACGAGCUGCCUGUGGGAUGCACUCGUGGCUCCGGCCUGGAGCUUCGAGAUUGUGAAGAACCGCUGACGCUUUUCUGCCGACCUCAGUUUCUGGAGCAGUGGAAGGAGAUGUAUCGUAACUCCGUCCGAACGUAUGCGCUGUUGUGGAUCGUCGGUCCUCCUGGGGCUGGGAAAUCGUGUACCACGCUUGCGUUUGCCUACGCUCUAGAGCCGUUUCGAUGGGAUGUGAUUUGGCUUCACCUUUCUUACAAGGACAAAGUUGUUAACUUCGUCUGGCUACGAGGGAACGAGAAGGUAAUGUGUACUCUGGAGAUGUCAACGCUCGAGUCCCAGCUAUCGUGGCUACUCAGUAAGACGUCGACCGAGAAGACGACCAUCCUGUUUCUCGAUGGAUAUGACUUUAAUAUGAAAGAAGAGAGAGAGGCACGGAUUAUCUGCAGGGACUGGCAAGGGAAGACGCCACCAAGCAUCGAUUGGUUAUCGUGUGCUCAACACUUCGGACGAGUGGAAACUUCCGACCUGAACGCGCCAGCAAAAUUCCUGCUGUGUUUGCUGGAAGCGGGUGGGGGUUGCAUGGUGUGGAACUAG